AUGGCCACGCCCCUUCUUCGUCCCGCCCCCGCCAUCACUGCACCUCUUAUCACUGUACCUCUUAUCACUGCACCUCUUAUCACUGUACCUCUUAUCACUGCACCUCUUAUCACUGUACCUCUUAUCACUGUACCUCUUAUCACUGUACCUCUUAUACACACCUCUUAUCACUGUACCUCUUAUCACUGCACCUCUUAUACCGUACCUCUUAUCACCGUACCUUUUGUUAUUGUACCUCUUGUACCUCUUAUCACUGUACCUCUUAUACUACCUUUGGUACCGUACCUCUUGUUACUGCACCUCUUGGUACCGUACCUUUGUUAUCGCACCUCCUGUACCUUAUACCGUACCUUUUAUCACCGUACCUCUUGGUACCGUACCUCUUAUCACUGUACCUCUUGGUACCGUACUUUGUUAUUGUACCUCUUGUUACCGUACCUCCGUACCUCUUGGUACCGUACCUUUGGUACCUAA